CCUUUUUAGGCUCCAGUAAGGCCAAUUCGCGAAUCCAUUUCUCGUCUCGGUACUCCAAUGUUGUGAAGAAUACUUUACUACCACUUAUUGAUUUUUAUUCCACAGGCUGGGUUCUCAUUGAUCGAUCUGGCAAGCAUUUUGGCACGAUUCUUAACUAUCUUCGCGAUGGCUCUGCAGCCCUACCUGACUCCCGGCAGGAUCUGGAAGAGUUGCUAGCUGAAGCUCGCUUUUUCUGCAUCGAAGGUCUGCGUAACUCAUGCGAAGAAACUUUGACUCGUCUGCCCUCCAUUGAUGAUGCUUUUCCUAGGGCUAGCAUCGUGAUCGUCAAAUACCCAAAGGCUGCCAGAGCUCUUUUAGCCUCAACGACUAAGUCAGUAGCAAUACUUUGUAAUCUCAUGCUUAGGUUGAAGGAAUUUCAGUUUGACCUGCAUUCAGAACGCUUAAUAAGUUUAUGA